AUGAAUGAAAGUAGAGAACAAGUAAUUGAAUCAUUAGUUAAAAAUAUUUUAGAAAAAGCUUCUCAAGAUGAUUAUAGUUAUGAUGAAUGGUCAUUAUCAAAAAAACAAAUUAAAGAAUUAUGUGAACUUCAAACUCCAAAUAAUUUAAGAUAUGCAAUUUGGAAGCAUAUUGUACAACAAGGUGAUCAAGGAUUUAUAGAUAAUAGAUUAACAUCAUCAAAUGAUAGUAAUAAUAGUAAUAAUAAUAAUAAUAAUACAUCUCCUACAAGUGGAUUUAAUUCAGAACCAAUAUUUCAUAAUGAAAUGUUAAAUAGGGAUUGUUUACAAUUGUCACAAGAUUAUAAUUUAAUUAGUCAAAUUAAAUCAUUCAAUAAUUCAUCAUCAUCUUAUUCAUUCGAUAGUUUUUCAUCAAUUAAUAAAAGUAAUACAACCAGUCCAACUACAACAAGUUUAUUAGAUCAAUCUUCAAAUUCAAACCCUUCAAUUAUAUUGGAUACACCAUUACAACCAUUAAAUGCAUCACCAAUAUUAAGUGAUUAUGAUAGUAAUAAUAGUAAUAGUAAUACAACAUCAUUAACCUCAUCAUCAUCAUUAUCAUCAUCAUCGACAACAACUAAUUUUGAAGAUAUUAAAAAACUAUCAACUGAAUCAAUUGCUGAUAGAUUAUCUAGAUUCAUUAGAUUCUUUUGUACAAAAACUAAAAGAGAGUAUAGUAUUGAUGUUGCAAAAUUAAUGAUACCAUUUGUGGUUUUAUCAUUGGUUGAGGAGAUCAAUACAUUGAAAUUACAAAAAUCAUCAUCAUCAUCAUCAUCAAUUCCUUCAAUCCUACAUCAAAAUCCAACUGAAAAUGAUUGGAUGUCUUUAUCAUUAAAAUUAAUUGAAUCAAUUUCAAAUUCUGGAAUUUAUCCAUAUUCAACUGCAAAUCCAAUUUUAUUAUGUGAGAGUGAAAUGUUUAGAAUUUUAUUAUUAUAUCAUGAUCCAAUAUUAUCACAUUUUUUAAACCAAAGAACUGUAAAUUCAAUGCAUUAUUUUUAUGAAUGGAUUAAUCAUAUGUUUUGUGGUUGUAUUGAUAUUAAAUUUUUAAUUCAAAUUUGGGAUUUAUUUUUAUAUCAUAAUAAUCAAGAUUUUUAUAUUUAUUUUGCAUUGGCAUUAAUUAUUUCAAAAAGAGAAGCAACUUUAUCAUUGACAAAAGGUACGUCAAAAGAUAUUUUACAAUUAUUGGAAGAGAAAAAUAUUGUAAAUAGUUUAUCAAAUCAAAUAAAGUUACCAGCUUUAGUAAAGAAAGCUGAACAAUUAAGAUCUUGUACACCAUUAACUUUUAUUAGAAAUUGGAAUAAGUUAUUCACAUAUUGUAAACAUCCAAUCUCCCCAAAAUUAGAUCAAAUUAAAUUAAUUUAUUUAGAAUAUAAAUAUGCUGUUUGUAUGAGUAUUGAUGUUGAAGAAUUAAUUUUAAAUUCCAAACUUGAUGGUUCACAUAAUGUUAAAGAGAAAUUUUCAUAUUAUUAUCAAGAUGAUGAAUUACAAGAAUAUCCAGAUCAUUUUUUCGUAUUUGAUUGUAGAAUUUAUAAAUAUUAUAAAGCUGGUAAAUUCCCAGGUGCAUUUCAUUUACCACCAAGUUUAUUAGUUACUCAACCUGAUGAAUUCACAAGAGUUAUUCAAUCAUUCUCUGAUAUGAAAGGUUAUACAAGAUUUACAUUUUAUGAUAAUUGGCAACAAUUUAAUCAAACCUCUUUAAAUAAUGAUGCUGAUACAAAUGAAAAUGGUGAUAUGAAUAUGAAUAUUCUAAAAUUCUUAAAAGAUGGUUUCCCUUAUAUUAGUAAAGUACCUUCUGGCUAUAAAAAAAUUCAUGAUAUAUUCCUUUCAAAAGGAUUAGAAUUGGCAGUUCAUUUUGCAGAGAAUUGUCCAGUUUGUAAUCCAAAUGCAUUCAAUACAUUACCACCACUAUCACCAGUGGUUCCACAAUCACCAACAAUUGAACAAACUCCAAAAGAGAAAUGGCUUUCAAAGAUAAGAAGUUUUAGACAAUCAGCAAAUCUUACCAAUAACAAUAAUAAUAAUAAUAAUAAUAAUAAUAAUAUGUCCACUACAAACACAACUACUACUACUAGUACAAAUUCAACAAUUUCAACUAUAACAACACCAAAUCCACCACUUCAACCUGAAACUAAUGAUUCAAGUUUAAAGAGUGCAUUUAGUUUCUUUAAAGAUAAAUUAAAGAUUAGAGAUAAAUCUUCAAUUUAUGAUAAUCAAUCCGAAUCAAAUUCAAUUAAUAAUAAUUUUAAUUCACCACAGAUGGGUAGUGGUAAUAUGACUGCAACACCUUCAAAGAGUGAAUCACCACAUCAUUCAAGUUUAACAAUUGGUUCAAAUAGAACUCCAUUAAGAAAAUCACUGCAACAACAACAACAACCACCAAAAUCUUCAUUAAUAGAUUUAGAUAAUAUAGAUUCAUCUGGUAAUAAUACUAGUAUUUUAGAUAGUAAUAAUGGUUUCGAUAAUGAUAUAAUAUCUCCAAGUGUUAGAGCUUUAAAUAAUAGUAAUACCAAUCUUAAUAAUAACUUUAAUACUGACAUAUUAUCUCCAAGUGUAAGAGGUUUAAAUAAUAGUGGUAUUAAUAAUGCUAAUACCAAUACCAAUAAUAACAAUAACAAUAAUAAUAAUAAUAAUAAUAAUAAUAAUAACUUUAGUGCUGGUGUAUUAUCUCCAAGUGUUAGAGGUUUAAAUAAUAGUAGUAGUAAUAUUAAUAAUACAGCUACCAAUAUCAAUAAUGUAAAUUCCAUUGAUAAACCUGAAUUAAAUGUUAGUGGAAAUAAUGUAAAAGUUGUAGAUAAUAAUAAUAAUAAUAAUAAUAAUAAUAAUAAUAAUAAUAAUAAUAAUAAUAAUAAUAAUAAUAAUAAUAAUAAUAAUAAUAAUAAUAAUAAUAAUAAUAAUAAUAAUAAUAAUAAUAAUAAUAAUAAUAAUAAUAAUAAUAAUAAUAAUAAUAAUAAUAAUAAUAUAAAUAAUAAUAAUGAUAAUAUGAUUUCUUUAACAAGUAGUACAUCAAGUACAACAACUAAUGGUAGUCAAAAUAAUAAUAAUAAUAAUUUAAUAACAUCAAUUUGGAAUAAUGGUACAACUAAUAGUGCUAGUGGUAGUAAGAUUAAUUUAAGUUCAUCAUUUUAUUUACCAAAUCUUUCACCAUUUAUAAUGGAUUUCGAAGAAGAUGAAAAUAUAGCAUUCGAAGAAGGAAAGAAAUAUUACUAUUACAUUGACGAAAAGAAUUAUCCAAAGGAAGCUGACGAGUUUAUUUAUGAUCGUGAAAAGAUUCAAAGGGAAGAAAUCGAUGCUGAAAAUGAAUUCAAUAAAGAAUAUCAAGGUAUUGAAGUUUGGUUAGAUACUUGUAAUUUUAUGUUUGAUUGUGUUGAACAAGAACAAAAACAAUCACAAUCACAAUCACAAUCACAAUCACAAUCACAAUCACAAUCACAAUCUAUUGAUAAUAAUGGCGCUUCAAUUAAUAUAAACUCUUCUACAAGUUCAACUGUAACAUCAACAACAACAACUACGACAACAUCAACAACAACAACAACUCAACAAAUAUCACAAAAUAGAUUUAUAAUUAUAACAGAUAAAGAUAUUAUUACAUUAAAAGAACAUCCAAUAUUUAGUGGUUAUGUUAAAGUUGAUUAUCAAUAUAAUUUAAAUGCAAUUCAACGUAUCUCUUAUAAAAAGAGUAAUCCAAACCUUUUAGAAUUUAGUUUUGAUAGAGAUGAAAUUAAUAAAAAUUCAAACGAACCUCCAAAAGAUCAAAUCAUUGAUAGUAGUGAAACUAUUGAACCAAAUAAUAAUACUUCUCAAGAAAAUAUAUUUAAAAAAUCUUAUAUUUUCGAUGACAUUUCACCAAUCUUAAAAACUAUUAAUAAAAACUAA